AUGAGAAACUUGUGGAGUUUUACGAGAAGUUCGCGUGCGUGGAGAGAUGGGAUCCGGAAUGAGGCGCUGCCGGAAGACAAGAUCGGAGAGCAUAGCUGGAAGCUCAGGAGAAUAGUUGCUUCAAGCUGCUUGUCCUCGAAAGAGAGAAAGAGGCCCACGCCGGUGGUGCUUAGGCGGAUGAGGACGCCAUUUCGACCGGAGCCGCAGCGCGCGGCCGCACUCACAGAAGAUCAUCGUGUUGUCUUGGCCGCGAGCCGAGGCGUCAACGGUGAAGCGCUGAAGUCGAUGCCGUCCUACUUUCAGGAACUCCCACCUAUACCAUAUCGAUACAGAAUCAACGGCGCGGGGCAGGACACGUUUAGGAGAGUCGUCACGGCGUCAAUGAGCCAGUACCUCCUCCCGUCGAAUGCAACGAUGCAGAGGACGCCCGCGACCUCCGCCGUUCUCCCGUCCAACCGCGACGAAACACCAGAGUGUGUGCGUAGGAUCAUGUCGCGCGUGAACGCGUGA